CACUUAACCACGGACAAACGAACGACGGCUCACUUGACCGCAGUAAAAGAAACCUGCUCGCUUCAUGUUGCAGGGGGUGGAGAAGAAAAACAGGCCAGGCGGACAAAUCAGAAGGAAAAUCCAGAGCUUCAGGCCAGAACAUUUGAGAGACAUGAGAGGGAGAAAAAAGGAGAGGGCGAAUCAGAGCGAGUGGAUGAAAGAGGAGACGUCUGGUUGCUGCAGGGCAGCAGGAGCGACUGGGCGGGGAGAGAGGAAGUGUGGUCCACAGCAGAGCAAUUGUUCUGGAAGAACAGAGGCAGACAGAGAGAGGAAGACGAGUGGACAAGAUGGACAUCAGCCCAGCCAUGGAGAAGAUGUCUCUGAAGCCAAGUGCAGCGACGUGCCUGGGAUGUAAGGAGGGCUGCUCUGGAUUUCAGCCACAUUCUUGGAGGAAAGCCUGCGAGGCGUGUGGCUGCAGUACGGUCGACCACGCUCCAGGAAGUAACUCCGAGGACGACCAGCGAAUGGGACGUCUGCUCGCGGACUCACCCUGCUGUCAUCUAACGGCCAAGGUCAAAGGAGGCGGGGGCCUCCGGAUGUACAAGAGAAACCGCAUGAUUGUGACAAAUCCUGUGGUAUCGCGCAAAGACCCGACUUUCAACACAACAACGUAUGAGUGGGCGCCGGCGGGCCUGAAUCAGAAACUGGCCAUGCAGUACAUGGAACUCCUCCCAGAGAGCAGGCAUCCUGUCUCUGGGACCGAUGGCGCCCUGGGACGUCGCAGGCAGCUCCUCAGCCAGCUGCCAGUCUAUGAUCAGGACCCCAUGCAGUGCCAAAGUCUCUCCAGUGAGGAGGAGAUAUCCUCCAUGAUUCUGUUUGUGAAGCAGUACAAACAGGAGGUGCUGGGAGUGGGCGAGGUGGCCUUACCUGGAGAGGGCAGCUCUCUGAAGGAAGCAGCUAAUCAGAGGGCAGCAAAGGAGGCCAAAGUUCAAUGUGACAUGAAGGAUACAGCUCAGCAUCAGGACCACUGCUCGGGCAGUGCUGCUGUGAAUGGAACUGAUGAUAAGAGUGAAUAUCUGUGUUCUGGUUGCCACGGUAACUUAGUGAAGGACAGUCCAGCUGUUUACGCUAUGCAUGCUGGUUACCAUGAUGCCCUGUGGCAUCCCAUGUGCUUCGUCUGCUCAGAGUGUGACCAGGGUCUGGUGGACCUGGUCUACUUCUGGUCCAAUCAGAAGCUUCUCUGUGGACGACACUACUGCCAGUCUGUGUGGCCUCGAUGUUCCGGCUGCGACGAGCUCAUCUUCUGUAAGAAUUUUGUUUCGGGGAAAGAUGGACGGACGUGGCAUCGAGAACAUUACUGCUGCUGGAAAUGUGGUCAGAGCCUGGAUUCUCCCUGUCAGCACUGAAACUACCAAGCAUCAACACAGAGUAACAGACAGAGGAAGUGGGAAGCAGGCAGCUCUGAUCAAAACAAAAAGUACCAAAGAGCUUUAGCAUCAUGCUGGAGAAAAACUGAAGUAAAACAAGGAUGCAGUAUUGAAAUUUUAGCUGAAAUGUUGAGAAAAAAGUCCAAAUGAAAAUAAUGAAACUUUUAAUUUAUUUGUUUCUUAGGUUAAGGCUGCAGCGUCCACAGAGGAACUCAGAACUUGAGUCACAAAACUUCACAAUAAGAGUCACAAACAUUCACACAUACCUCUAAAACAUGAAUAACUAUUGUCGUCCGACAAUAUUCAAAUACUUUGAAUUUAAUUUCAACAUGCCCUUGUUUUAUUUCUUCUUUGUCAUCACAAGGUCAGAAAGAGUUAAAAAUAGAAAUUAUUUCCGCAAAUCCUCUGUGGCUGUUUUGUUUGCCUCUAGGAAUCUAAAUCAACCAGAAUAAAGUGUUGCACUGACGUGAAAAAAAUAAAAAUAUUCUGUUUUCACAGACAAAAGCUGAUUCAUCAGGAUUUUAAAGACUCAGCCAGACAUCAACACUUUAGAGACUCAUCCUGUCAAAUCACUGCCGUUUCAGGCUCCUGGAAAAACGUUCGGUUGACUUUAAUGUUUUAAUAUAAUAAAGCAGACGCUUUGUUGAUUUAUCAGCUGCUAAGUCAUCCAUAUCCUGCUGUUCUGUUCUACCUUAGCCGGCAGCUUCAUACAGAAGCCCCAGUGGGACAUUUUAGCAAAAGAGUUUGAAUAACUAAAAGUUAUAAAGUAAAUGAAGUGAUUAUGAUUCACUAUAAGGCCAUUGUAAGGAGUAACACACUUAUGUGUUUGGGUGCUUUUAAAGCUUGAUAGACUACCCUACACUUUGACCAGAAUGAUGUGAAUUUCCAUAUAAAUAUGGAAAUCCAGUCUGAUUGGUCUUUGAAAGUUUAACCAGAAGAUUUAGAAAUCUUUGGUUAUUCAGGGAUUGAAAGACACUUCGUAUUAAUUCAAGAAGAGAGUCAAGUUUAUAAAAAGCAAGAAAUUUAUUUUCUAAACAAUUAAAAACAUGACAACUAGGACACUUUAUGUGACGAAUGGAUCUAAGUGGAUGGAAUGUGAGGGGUGAUGGUGUGUGAAUGUGAUGUUAUCAGAACCUCUCGUAUCUGAAGAAACUGAGUUCUGAGUGGGAGUGAAUUUGAUCUGCAUUAAACUAACAAAUUUGGUUCUUAUCAAAAACACAUCAGACGCAAUCUGUCGAGUCUACGUACCAGCUUGAAGACCCCCGUGGUAGAUCCGGAAUGUGUUGAGGUCCGGGGACCCCAGAGGGACCGAAGUCCGUAGAAGCAACCGCAGUGCCGACUAGACCGGUCUCGGGAUGUCUCCAGGUCACAACAGUUGUUAUUUGCGUCUUAGGAAUAACGCUUAAGGAGUUGAAGUUGGCUUAGCUUUGUUCUGAAGGAACCAUUUGCGGUCAGCUGUAGCUUGCAACAGGCUUUUUUGACAGUUUGUCAAAAGAUGCUCUGGUUUAAAGAGGUUUUGCCUUGGAUGGCCGGUCCAAAGCUUUCUCAAGAACUCACAAGAACUAGAACUAGAACUGACUCACGGUGAAGUGAGCUCUGUUUUAAUGAUUGUCAUAUUUUGAUUUACUAACAAAUCAGAAUUUGACACGUAGAAGGGUUUUUACCAACAAACCUCAGAAAACAUGCCCCUCGUCAGAUACAGGAGUUCUGAUUGGUGGAACAGAAAGCAAUGUGUCAGGUUAUUAGCUUAACCUUGUCAUCGUUACGUGUCUGUGUGUGAGCUGUCAGAGAUAGUGAUUCACUUGUUAAAUCUAACUUUACUGAUCAUAACAUAAUAAUAUUCAUUUCAACCACAGUAAUUUGAACACAGAUUAAUCAAAACAUUGUUAUUAUUCUUCAACCGUUAUUGUUCAUUAUAUGAUUCAAUUUUGAAAGUUCAUCAAUCUUGUGCUGUGAAUAAAAACCAGUCUAAGAUAAGAGUGAGCUUGGAGGGACCUUGGCCAAGUAACAGUAUCUUUCUUGCAGAUUAAAGCACCCGUUAAGACUUAUGUCUCCAAAUGACCCAAUACUGAAGAGGUGACCUGUAGAUGGAUAAACAGACCAUUUCCGGAAGUACACCAUACAAGAUUAAAAACUUAAUCUUGAAAAUGUGUUUUAAUAAGUUUGUUUGGGUUUUUGUUCAUUAUUAAAACUUUAAAAUGAUUUCUGUGUUCAUUAAACCUGAAUAAACUGGAUAAACAAAAUAUUUAGUUUCUUUCUCAUCUAAACCUCCCGAGCUGCCUCGCUACAUGAUUUUGUUCUUAAUUUUGCCAUAAAAGUGAGAAUUACAAACAUUUCAUGGUUUGAUCUAAUCUCUUCUUUUUAAAAGCAGCAGAAACUAAAAACAAAGCUGUUCAAAGUUUCAUUAAAACUUUUUAUGUCUGUGUGUAUUUUAAUUCUGCUGGAAUUUACAAAGCUUAAGAAAACUGAAAUCGUUGUUAAUACAUUUGCUUUGUGAGGUGAAAAUGUUGCAUUUAAAUGUGUUUUAAAGCUGAACAUCAUCAGAUUUUCUGUUUUCUUUGAAAGGUUUUGAUGUGUUGUUGUUUAGUUACAGGAAACAUAAAAUAAACUUUUCAUUUCAAACUA